AUACCGAUAAUCCGCAUAGGAGAGUGGGAGAUUAAUACGUGGUAUGCUGCACCAUAUCCUGAAGAGUACAAUAUUCUCCGUAUAUUAUAUCUUUGCGAGUUUUGUCUCAAAUAUAUGAAGAGUGAGUUUACCUUGGCUCGUCACAAGUGCAAAUGCCCACUUACUCACCCUCCUGGAGAUGAGAUUUAUCGAGAUGGAGAUAUAUCAAUUUUUGAAGUGGAUGGUCGCAAAAACAAGAUAUACUGUCAAAACCUCUGCUUGCUAGCAAAGAUGUUUUUAGAUCACAAAACUCUUUAUUACGAUGUAGAACCCUUUUUAUUUUACGUCAUGACUAUACACGAUAAGCGUGGAUGCCAUUUUGUAGGAUAUUUUUCAAAGGAAAAGCGGUCAGCGUCUAAUUUUAAUGUGUCAUGUAUCCUUACUUUACCUAUUUACCAGCGCAAAGGAUAUGGAAACUAUUUGAUUGACUUUAGCUAUCUACUUUCUAAAAAGGAAGAAAGGUGUGGAUCUCCAGAAAAGCCGCUAUCUGAACUAGGUGCGCUUAGUUAUAGAUACUAUUGGAGAGUUGUGAUUAUACAAGCUAUCCUUUCUCGGACAGAAUCAGAAAUCUCAAUACAAGCUCUUAGUUUACAAACACGCAUGACGGUAGAUGACAUCAUUCAUACUCUUCAUCUAUUAGAUAUGAUUGUCAAGAAUGAUCACGGAGCCUAUGUAAUUAGGUGUAAUAUGCCUGCUCUGAGAGAAUAUGAUGAAAAGAUUAAAGCAAAAGGUUAUCCUACCGUUAAGCCGGAAAACCUGCGCUGGAGUCCAUUUUUAUUUAAACGACCGUUUUCCCUGCGAUAA